GGGGAGGAAAUCGUCUUUCCGCCGCCAGUAGGUGGCGAAAAGGGUCCAGCAUCCGGGGGCCUGGGCGUCCCAGGAGCUGCGGGAAGGCGGCAGCAGGGGGAAGAGGAGAGCUGGAGGAGGAGGACGGUGAAGCGCUGCUGCCUCAGCUCUCCGCAACAAAAUGGCGGCGGCUCAGAGCAGGCGGGGGCGGCGUGUGCCUGCGGGGACCGGGAGUCACUUUGCGGCAGCGCCAGGCAGCGGGAGCCGGCUCGUUUCAAAGGGCGGACUUCGCUUUACCGGGGGAAGGGCGUUACUUCCGGAAAGAAAGCUGUUCUCCCUCGCAAAUUGGCCGUGUUGGGGGUGUGCCGCCAUUAGGGGUGACCUGUGCGAAAUGCAGACAUAACCGCUUGUGAUGUUCUACUGCACUGACAGAAAUCCGUGGCCAUUUUGUUAAAUACACGACGGCUCUGUUCAGCACUGAAGCGGGUUUCGUGUUUUGGAUAAGUUUUAUUACGGGGUGUGCACCAUCGGUCGAGUUUUCAACGUUACACUGAAGAAAAAUGGAUAUGCGCAACAAGAUGGCGCCGUCUCCUUCAAGGCAGCAGAAGGAGAGACUAGGGGCCACGUCGCGUGAUGCGGGAAGACCGCCCAGUCUGAGCUCGGCUGCCUAGUUACAGCCAAUGGCAGACGACGGGACGGCAGAGUUCUGCCUAGUUCCAGCCAAUGGCAGAAGAGGUUUUCUUGGGUGACGUGGAAGCCGCGCUGAGUCACUUGUCCUGGAGUCCUAGGAAGGAAAGGGCGCGUCGUCCUCAGCUGCUGCAGUGGUAAUACAUCAUCCGACCGCUAGGGGCGUCUGAACAGCGGGAGGCAUGGCGACCAAUGGAAACGCGCCCCAGUUGCAGUGGGCGGGGGACGUGAUGACGGACGGACCGGAAAGCCAAUGGAAGCUCUGUGCCCGCCACGGAGGCUGGCUUUCAGAAACCAAUCCGCGUCAGGCGCUGCGUUUAUAUAAGACCGGCCUCAGCCUCUCGAGGCGCCAUUUCGCUGAAGCGGAGAACCGAAGCUGGAGUGGGGGAAAAGCUUGAAGUGGUUUGAGAGCCAAAGGCACCGCUACGCCCUCAGCCGGAGAGCGGGCGUCAACACAAUCCGUAUCCAUCCGCAUGGAGACAGCCCUAAACCCAGCGUUUAAAAGGCCUCCUCUGGAUGUAAAUCAUGGUAUAAUGGGGCAGACUGUCGAGGGAACCCCAGGAAAGCGCAUUCGAAAACCCUCUUUGCUGUAUGAAGACUUUGAGGGCCCCACAAUGAAUUCCAGUGUCUUUAAUCGCGCUCCUCAAGUCAACCCACCCCCUCCGGAGGUCAGCAAUUCCAAAAAGCCCGGCCGAUCCACGAAUCAGCUGCAGUACUUGCUCAGGGCCGUCAUGAAGUCUCUGUUGAAGCAUCAGUUCUCUUGGCCUUUCCGUCAGCCUGUUGAUGCCAUUAAGCUGGGUCUUCCGGAUUAUCAUAAAAUCAUCAAGCAGCCAAUGGACAUGGGAACUAUUAAGAAGAGAUUGGAGAACAACUACUACUGGACUGCACUGGAGUGUAUGCAGGACUUCAACACAAUGUUUACUAACUGCUACAUCUACAACAAGCCCACAGAUGACAUUGUGCUAAUGGCUCAAAGCCUGGAGAAGUCAUUUUUGCAGAAGGUAGCACAGAUGCCUCAGGACGAGCAAGAAAUACCCAACACUUCAAACAAGUGCAAGCCAGUGAAGAGUGUCAAACCUCCAGCUGUCACAGGUGGAAUCACAACGGCACACCAAGUCCCAGCCAUCUCAUCCAUGUCUCAGUCUUCAAUGUACCCCAGCUCCCCGGAGGUCCCCACUACCAUUGUUAAUAUACCACAUCCCACUGUCCUCUCUAGUUCGAUGAUGAAACCAAUGCCCACUACUCAGGCUCUGAUGCCUGUGGUUCCAGCAGCCACACAACCAAUAGCAAAGAAGAAAGGUGUGAAGAGAAAAGCGGACACUACAACCCCAACCACCACCGCUAUAAUUGCCACCAGUGGAGACUCCUCCCCUCUAACGCCGCCUGAUACAAAACCCGCUAAGAUCCCCGCCCGGCGAGAAAGUGGUCGGCCCAUUAAGCCACCUCGGAAAGACUUGCCGGACUCGCAACAGCAUCAGACUUCCAAGAAGGGCAAGCUGUCCGAGCAACUUAAAUACUGCAAUGGCAUUCUGAAAGAACUUCUUUCUAAGAAACAUGGAGCCUAUGCAUGGCCGUUCUACAAACCCGUGGAUGCCAGUUCUCUGGGACUACACGACUACCACGAAAUCAUAAAACAUCCCAUGGACCUUAGCACCAUUAAGAAAAAGAUGGAGAACAGAGAAUACCGAGACGCACAAGAGUUUGCUGCUGAUGUCAGACUCAUGUUCUCAAACUGUUACAAAUAUAACCCCCCAGACCAUGAUGUGGUGGCCAUGGCAAGGAAGCUGCAGGAUGUGUUUGAAUUUCGUUAUGCUAAGAUGCCUGAUGAGCCUAUUGUAGUGACUCCACCACCCUCCUCCACACAACAGCCUCCCUCCGAUUCCAAAUCCUCCUCGGAUUCCUCCAGUGAGAGCAGCAGUGACAGCUCAGAUGACAGCGAGAGUUCUGAUGACUCGGAGGAGGAGAGGGCCAACAGACUGGCAGAGCUUCAGGAGCAGCUUCGUGCUGUACAUGAGCAGCUGGCUGCUCUCUCCCAAGGCCCGAUUUCCAAACCUAAAAAGAAGAAAGAGAAAAAAGAAAAGAAGAAAAAGAAGAAAUCUGACAAACGAAAGGUCAGAGAUGAUGAUGAAUGGAGGUGUAGCAAAGCAAAAUCUUUCCAGACCAAAAAGUCCUCUAAAAAAUCUGGAGGGACCAUGACCACCAUUUCUACGCCUGUGUUUUCAAAGAGUUCUAAGAAAUCCUUCAAGUCCCUUCCCCCACCUCCACCGGUCAUGUACGACUCUGAGGAAGAAGAGGAGACCAAGCCAAUGACGUAUGAUGAGAAACGGCAGCUGAGCUUAGACAUUAACAAACUUCCUGGAGAGAAGCUGGGCCGUGUGGUACAUAUCAUCCAAUCCAGAGAGCCCUCCCUGCGGGAUUCCAACCCUGAGGAAAUAGAGAUCGACUUUGAGACUUUGAAACCUUCCACGCUUCGUGAGCUGGAGAGAUACGUGAUGUCUUGCUUGAGAAAGAAGCCAAGGAAGCCAUACACUUCCCCUAACUCUGUGCUCUCUGCAUCACUGAAGAAACCAAUGGGAAAGACAAAAGAGGAGAUUGCUAUGGAGAAGAAGAGGGAGCUGGAGAAGAGGCUACAAGAUGUCAGCGGGCAACUGAACUCUGCCAAGAAACCACCCAAGAAAGUCAACGAGAAAGUGGAAUCAGCGCAGCCGGUCUCUGCCUCUCGUCUCAGUGCUUCCAGCUCCAGUUCGGACUCUGACACUAGCAGCAGCUCCACAUCCAGCUCCUCAGACACUAGUGACUCUGACUCUGGUUGAGGGAAAGGGUAUAUGGCACAGAAGGACAUUACCUUCCGCUGUAGCAGGGUAGGAAGGCUGGACUUUAUGCUUCAUCAGUGGUUCUAAAAGGAUCUGCAGGAACAGAACCCUCCUGAACCAGACUUGAUGCCCUUUCAGGGUAGGAAAAAAGCAAAC